AUGACCAUUCCUAGAGUGCCCCCAGUGAAGCAGUGGUCAUCAGUGAAUGGACCUUUGAACUUUGAGAUUGACACAAACUGUAGCAUAAGCCACCACCACAGCGCCACCACAGCGCCACCACAGCACUACCACAGCACUACCACAGCACUACCACAGCACCACCACAGCGCCACCACAGCACUACCACAGCACUACCACAGCACCACCACAGCGCCACCACAGCACUACCACAGCGCCGCCACAGCACUACCACAGCACUACCACAGCACCACCACAGCGCCACCACAGCACUACCACAGCGCCGCCACAGCACUACCACAGCACUACCACAGCACUACCACAGCACCACCACAGCGCCACCACAGCACUACCACAACACUACCACAGCACCACCACAGCGCCACCACAGCACUACCACAGCACUGCCACAGCACUACCACAGCACUACCACAACACUACCACAGCACCACCACAGCGCCACCACAGCACUACCACAGCACUGCCACAGCACUACCACAGCACCGCCACAGCACUACCACAGCACCACCACAGCGCCACCACAGCACCACCACAGCGCCACCACAGCACUACCACAGCGCCGCCACAGCACUACCACAGCACUACCACAGCACCGCCACAGCACUACCACAGCACCACCACAGCACUACCACAGCACCGCCACAGCGCUACCACAGCACCACCACAGCACUACCACAGCACUACCACAGCACCACCACAGCACCACCACAGCACCACCACAGCACUACCACAGUGCCGCCACAGCACUACCACAGCACCACCACAGCGCCACCACAGCACUACCACAGCGCCGCCACAGCACUGCCACAGCACUACCACAGCGCCGCCACAGCGCCGCCACAGCACCACCACAGCACCGCCACAGCACCGCCACAGCACUGCCACAGCACCGCCACAGCACCGCCACAGCACCGCCACAGCACCGCCACAGCGCCGCCACAGCACCGCCACAGCGCCACCACAGCGCCGCCACAGCACUACCACAGGAUUUCCCUCAUUUUCAUUUCCAUUUUCAUUUAUUCUAAAACAAUAGUCCUGUUUGUGUACACUGUCUGA